CGGUUGAGGAAACUGAACGCGAUUUCCUCCAGAUUGGGGCUUUGAGGAAACUGAACGCGGCUAGUGGGACUUGGCCCCCGGGCGGACAAACGGAAAAGGAGAUAAAUGCUUGAUCGCAGCCGACGGGUGCAGGGUGGCGGGGUCGUUGCGCUACAGAGUGCGUUGCGCUGAGGGUUAUGCUAGUUAGCGCCCGCCACGUUGAGGGUGACCGUGCUUGUCCCUGCCCUUGCCCGUGCCCUCCCUUGCCCUUGCCCGUGCCCUCCCUUGCCCUUGCCCUUGCCCUUGCAAGAGACUUCGAGAGGGGGAAGAGGGUUAGAUACGGCAUUCCUGAGUGGCAGCGAUGGCGCCAGUAGCUCUGGGUGACAAGAUUCCAGCAGUCAAGCUGGCUUAUAUGGACAGCACGAACACGAAGCACGUGUUCGACACAUGUGCAGACAAAAAACACGUUCCGGACUUUAUCCAGCGCGCUGAUGAUUUGCAGGCAAAAGGAGUGGACGGCAUCUACUGUGUGUCAGUCAAUGAUGUUUUUGUCAUGAAGGCUUGGGAAGCGACAUUCCCAAUCGAUGGCAAACUGCAGAUGCUGGCCGACGGAAACGGCGAUUUUGCGGAAGCUCUGGGGAUCCAACUUGACCUCAAGGAGUUUGGGCUGGGGUUGCGGAGCAAGCGCUUCGCCCUUGUCACAGUCGACGGUGUGGUUAAAAUUCUUAAUGUGGAGGAAGGUGGAGAAUACACCAAAUCAGGACCAGAGACGAUCCUGAAAGCCAUAGAGGGUGGGGCAUUGGAAGCAUAAGCGGGGCAACAUUAUCGUGGUGAUGAUGAUGGCGAUGGUGAUGGUGAAUGAAGAUGAAGGAUGGUGAUGAUGAAAGAGGACACGCUGACAACGUGAGGAAGAGCAUGACAAAAAUGGCAUCAUCAUUGUGGUAUUCUGUCGGAGGCUAGGAUAACCAGGGUGCGCAUAUUGUUCACUUUCAUAAGAAUAUGGGCUCCUGCAGUGGGUCAGGGAAAGGGGUGUUCACAGUGGAGGUGUAGUACGCAUCAAUUACAUCGCAGAGCGGGAAUUCAAGAGACGAAGAGAGAGUAAGGGUUGCUACACGGUACAGAAGAACAGUAUCUUCUGUUAGCAUUGGGGAGGAGAGGAUGGCCAGUCGACGGGAGGGAGAAAAGGGGAGGGAAAGAGGUGCACACUGCCAAUAACAGGGUACGGUCCUCGUCGUUCACUGUAGAUAAUCUACACGAGCAUGAUGAGCAUGGCUGCUGGAUCCUCAACUGUUCAUUGAGAGCACAAUGUGCAUGCGUUGUUUUGGAAAAUGCAUGCGGAUUGUUUUUCAUAAUGCAGUAUUCCGGAUGACUUGUUCUCGCACCUUGUCAGAUGGUAGAUUGCUUUUGUGCAUUGUGAC